UUUCAGACUGCUUCCAAUUCAGUUUUUGAUGGACAACACCGAAACACUCUGAAAAUUUCGUCCAAAAUUUCGCUUCCACGGUAUUUUGUACAUUCUGAGCUUCUUGCUUCUCGAGAAUAUUGAAGGAUAAUGAAAUGGAUUAAAAAGUUGUGUAGGCCAGUGUCGGCGUUCGGAGAUGAAAGUAAAGUAUCGGACGUGACUCCGAGUAUACGUCAAUCACUAAAUCUUAUGAUAAAUUUCGCAAAAAAAUCAGAUCUUAUAUUCAUAAUAACAGCUUUAAUUUGUGCAUUAUUGGGUGGAACUAUUCAACCAGUAGUUCUACUAAUUGGUGGAUGGAUUACUGAUUUAUAUUUAACCAAUGGAAAUACAGCAGGGAAUGAUGAGUUCCUGUAUUCCGUAUUAACACUCAUUUACGCAGGACUAGGAUUUGGAGUCAUAAUAUUAGUUCUUGCAUUAAUUCAAGGAGUUUGUAUUCAAAGAGGAACAAGUAGAAUACUUGAUUCAAUUCGAAAAGAGUUCUUGGGAGCAGUAUUACGACAAGAUGCAAACUGGCUUGAUAAACAUUCAUCAGGGAGUAUCACGUGCCAACUGAAUGAAAACAUUGAAGUAAUUUCUGAUGGACUUGGAAACAAAUGUUGUAUGCUUGUCCGUGGAUUUGCCAUGUUCACUUCUUCAAUUAUUGCAUGUGCCUUUAUUAAUUGGCAGCUCACUUUUAUCACAUUCACAAUGGGACCAGUUUCAGCUUUUGUAUUACAUCUUCUCACUAAGGUAAAUGAAGUAUCAAACGAAGAACUCAUGUCACUUUCGGCACAGUCGCAUGCAAUAAUCGAAGAAUCAAUUCUCAAUGUGAGAACAGUUCAGUCUUGCAAUGGACAAAACUUCAUGAUUACGAAAUUGAAUCAAGUAAACGAGAAAAUCAAGAAAUUCUACAACAAAAGUACUUUCUGGGCUGGAUUCUUUGACGGUCUUGCACUGUUCGUCAUUUAUUUCAUAACUGGAAUAUCUCUUUUCUUUGGUUGUCGUCUUUAUUUCAAUCAAGAAAUUGGCAAGGCUGGAGAUGUUAUCUUAAUCGUCAAUACAAUAUGUGUUACUGGAUACUUCUUGGGACUUCUUGGGCCUCAUAUGUCAUCUUUGCAACAAGCUGCUACAUCAUUUUUAUUAUUGUAUAAAACUAUUGAGUCAGCUCCGAAAUCUGAAGGGAAAGAAGGAGAAAUUAAAAUAUCGUCCACCCGUGGAAACAUCGAGUUUAGAGAUGUCAGAUUCAAAUAUUUUACUAGAGAUAAUGAGGUUCUUCAAGGUCUUUCACUUCAAGUUCUUCCUGGUCAAACUGUAGCUCUUGUUGGAACAAGUGGUUGUGGAAAGAGCACUUCCAUCGGAUUAUUAACUAAACUUUACCGAGCAAGUGAAGGAGAAAUUCUAAUUGAUGGAAAGAACAUUGAUAUGCUUGACGCAAAAAGUUUGCGGCAACAAAUUGGAAUUGUUCAACAGGAACCAAAAUUGUUUGAUGGAACUAUAAUGGAAAAUAUCAAAUUGGGAAGAAAUGUCGAUGAGGAAACAAUUAAAACUGCUGCUGAUAUUGCUAACGCCUCAAGUUUCAUUGAAAAACUGGAAAAUGGAUAUGAGACCCGUCUAGGUCCAGGAGGAGUACAAUUAUCAGGUGGUCAAAAACAAAGAAUUUGCAUUGCGAGAGCUCUGGUAACUUCUCCUUCAAUACUUCUUUUGGAUGAAGCUACAAGUGCUCUUGAUUCACACAAUGAGCAUAUUGUUAACAAAGCACUAACAAAAGCAUCUGAAGGACGAACCACCAUUAUAAUUGCACAUCGAUUGAGCAGUCUGAAAAGUGUGGAUCGAAUUUACGUGUUAGAUCAAGGUAAAACAAAAGAAAUUGGAACUCACGAUGAACUCAUAUUACUUGGUGGAAUCUAUGCACGAUUGGCAAAAAGCCAAGAAGUUGAACAAAGCUCGAAGAAAGAUUGGGAAAGAGAAGAAUUGAGAAGAGCUGAAAAAAUGAAGAAAAAAGGACGAACAGUAGAGAUAAUUGAACCGAAUUCGACGAUUCUACAAGAACACGAACACAAUUUUGUGGGAUCUGUAAUCACAGAAAAUGAAGAACAGAAAAUUUCAUUCAGUGGAAUUUCAAAACUUUUCAAUUAUCUUCCUAAACAUCGGAAAACGUUGAUUCUAAUAAUUGCCCUCCUGAUUCCUCGAGCUAUUGAACUUUGUUCGUAUGGUAUCGGAAUGUCAUUUGCAUUCAAAACUUUGCAGAGAAGUAAAGACGAUUACAUGACAUGGAACUAUAUAACAUUAGCACAACAAACGCUAGCCGGUAUAACGUUUUGGAUUUUGCACACUUCUUUGAUGUACUUAUGUGGAUGGCUGGCGAAUGAAGUGAUGAACGAAGUAAAACAAGAAAUGCUCAGUGAAGUUCUGAACAAGCCAAUUCCAUAUUUUGAUAAUCCAGAAACAUCUCCAUCUGCUUGUGUAUCAAGAAUUAUAUCACAUGCACAUAAUUGUUAUGCAUGCCUGGACCACCGCGCAAUUCGAUUUGUCUGGUUCAUUGCUGGAACAAUAUUUUCUCUGCUUCUUGCUUUUCCAUUUGUUUGGGAACUUGGUGUUCUUGGUCUUGGAAUUACAAUUCUUCUCACAAUUUUCUCUCUUCACUUUGUAAGUGUGGCUCACAGAGCUCACAGUGAAAAAUCUGUAAUGGACAAAAGUGGGGAAUUUGCCGUGGAGAUUGUCGAACACAUCAGAGCUAUUAAAUUGUUGGCCGUUGAAGGAUACUUUGAAAAUAAGUUUUCGGAAUAUUUGAAAACAUCCGAAAUUUAUGAGAAUAAAAUUGGAUUUGUUUCAUCUUUGAAUUUUGCAAUUACUCAAUCAUAUGUGUUUGCAUGUGACAUGCUCUUAUUCUUCGUUGGAACAUUACUGAUAUAUCACGGACGUUAUUCACCUGACAAAGUUUUCCUUGCAUUCAACGGGGCUCAGAUGUCUGCUUGGGGAGUUAUGUACUUCUCUCCGUGGUUCCCUGAAAUUGUACGAGGAUCAGCAUCUGCUAACCAGAUAUUUUCAUUUUUCGAUAAAAAUCGGACAAAUAGUACUAGUGGAUUAUCAAAACCAGAAAUAAAUGGAAAAGUCGAAGUAUCAGAUGUCACGUUUGCGUAUCCAUCAACACCACAUCGAAAUGUUUGUGAAGGAUUUUCACUCAAUAUUCCAAAGGGUCAUUCAAUUGCAUUAGUUGGAGCUUCUGGAUGCGGAAAGAGCACAAUUAUUUCAAUGCUUGAAAGAUUCUAUAGUGCCAAAGCUGGAAGAAUUAGUGUCGAUGACAACGAUAUUGACGGAAUUGAUGUGAAUCAUCUUCGAAAUAAUAUUUCUGUUGUUGGACAAGAACCUGUACUCUUCAAUGCAACAAUUCGAGAAAAUAUCACAAUUGGAAUAGAUGAAGUAUCAGUUGAAGAGGUUCAAAAAGCAUGUAAAGCUGCAAAUGCUGCUGGUUUUAUUGAAAGUUUCCCAUUGGGUUACGAUACAAUAGUUGGUGAAGGAGGAGCUUCUUUAUCUGGUGGACAAAAACAACGAAUAGCCAUUGCUAGAGCAAUUAUUCGAAAACCAAAAAUAUUACUUUUGGACGAAGCAACAAGUGCUCUUGAUACUCAAUCAGAAGAAAUUGUACAAAAAGCACUUCGAUCGGCAACAACUGGAAGAACAAGUAUAAUAGUAGCACAUCGACUGAGUACUGUUCAACACUGUGAUACAAUCUAUUAUAUAUCUCGAGGAGCGGUUGCAGAAUAUGGUACACAUGCUGAACUAGUGGCAAUGGAUAGUAAAUACGCACGAUUAGUGGCUGCUCAAAGUUUAAGCUGAGGUCGUAUCUAAUAUUUUUUGUAUGUAUAUUCAUUUUAGUCGGGUUAUUAUUGUUAAUAAUUGAUGAACUGUAGUAAAGUCCGUUUAGACUUUCACUUAUUGCUAAUAAAUUUGUUUUUACUGUG